UGUAAAUAUGGCGUCACGCGAAGGGCACAACAAACUUCCACAAAAUUCUAAUCUUAUCGACGACCUCCAAAUAGACAUCAUAAAUGUGUAUAAGUGUUUAAUUUCGUUUGGCAUGGCGGCCAUAUUCUAAAUGUGAAUUAUUUGGAUUAAAAGGCGCAGAGGGAUACACGAUUUAUCGUUUUGCGUUUUAGAAGUUUGUUAAAAGUACCUGUUAUACGUAGAGACUGAGUGCCCUAAAUUGGGAAAUAAGCAUGUAGUGAAGUGUUAUCUCCUGCGUAGGCGUACUCUUCAGUAAUUUCUAAUUGCCCACAAUUUUUUGAUUCGCCUGCACGAUGAAUACUGUUCCCUAUGAAGACUCUGAAGUUUACUUUUCAUUGAGAAGCUUAGAGCAUGUACUGAAUAAUCGGCAUGAGACCUUUGAACAUAAGGUUGAAUCGCUUGUGGAGGUUUGGAAACAAGUUCAGGAUUGUCGAUUAACGGAGCACAAGCAAUACGUUAUGCAUUUAAUGGACUGGUUAAAAUUACACACUUUGAAUAUCGUGUUAACUGGGGAAUGGAAAAAACACAAAGAAAUUUACGAGGAACGACUUCUAAAGGAAGUGAACCACUGCGAGAUUAUAUUGCGGCAUUCGAACAAUAUAUUCUCGCUCCGAUGUAAGAAGCUCGCAGAAAUUAUAAAGGAUCCUUGGGGCAACCCCAUUCUUAAUCGUUUGCUUAACACUCCAGAUCAACAAAUCGGACCCGAAGAAAUGGAUUUCUUUGGGAUGGAGACGGGAUAUUUAAUUUCCACACGACUUAGAAAACUGUGUGAAUCGCACUGUGAAGAUCUGGCGUUAAAUUUAGUUACCGCGUUUAUGCGAUUCCACGAGAUGGCGGAGCAGCAGAAUUAUACAAUCAACGCGACAGACGAUCAAAAACGUUUCAUACUUGACGUUUAUAUCGCACUGCUGUAUAAAUAUAAAAGAACCCGACUCAUUGUAUCUACGCUCAAAUCCCUAUCGUUAAGUGAAGGUUUGGAAUUAUUGAAACGGUUUGCCCAUAAAAGGGUAAACAUAUCCAAAAUAUGGAGGCAGAGUGGUCGCAUUGCUGCUCUAGCGGCAAAUGUAUAUAUGACAGCAGCUGUAAUGAAGGUACCCGACGAGAGCGCUCAUAUCCUUGAAGGGUUGUUAGUUACGUGGCUGGAUAUGCCCGAGAUCGUUGAGAAUCUGCCUAGUGUGACCAACACCGUUCGACGAGUCAUGCAGGCUGCAGAUUCUGCAAUCCAUAUGUAUACCUUAUGCAAUGCAUUUUAUACAAGGUUUGGUGCGCGGAUGAGAACGUUUGUUAUUGAACUGUACAUUAUGGCUUUAACAACUGAUAUCAACGUCUUGCAAAGACAGAAAGAGGAGAAAAAUACAGCAGCCGAGAGUGAAAGCAGUGAGAGAUUGUCUUGUGGGUUUUUAAAACUUGCGGACGUCAUUGAUCACAAUAUAAGACUGUGCCGCGAAUCCGUUUUAACUGCGUUUAGUUUGAACCCGUCCCAAGAAAUAUUGGACCGUAUAGUGUCUUUAGCAAAUGCUACAGGCUAUGAAGUUGUUACUCCUGUUCAUUUGUGGAAGUGUGAUCAUCCGCCGAGCGAUUCCUCCGACGAAGUGUCCUAUAAGUGUUCUUUGUGUGGUGAUUAUAAAUGCCAUAUAGAGCUGCAGUCAUCCUUGAAGUCCAACACUGCUCUUAGUGAUGCUGUUCAGGCAGAAACAGAUCUGAGCUGCCAUUUGCGGGACGAUUUGGUGGUCGUCUUGUCAAGUCCACGUUACCAUUUUUUGAAUUGGUUGGGAACCUGGAAGAAUCUCUACCAAUUAUGCGUGAUGUAUUUGGCCGAUCCUGACAAAGUAAAAAAUAUUAUCACCGAUUUAAAAUUCGUAGACAUAGAUUACUCACGAUUUCUCGGUAUAAAACGGGAACCAGAAGAUGAAAAUGCUAAUGGCAUCGAACGCGGUUAUGAGCAUUAUCUAGAAGAAAGUUAUCCAGAGGCUGCCGAAACGGACAAUGAAAGUUUUUCACAAGAACUAUCUCCCAGUCAUCUCGGGAAUGAAAAUUUUGAAGCAAUUUCACCACAGUCAUCUAGAUCGGAUCCGGAAGUACUUAAAUCUUUGAGACUCUUCCGACCUAAUUUGAAGCGCCCGAAGAAUAAUUACCACGAGUACAUGCCACCAUCGAAAGUGUUUAUACAGAAUCAAUCUGAGUACGAUCCUUUUGCAAUAUACGCACAAAAUCUAUCCCAACCAUCAACCUCUAAUGCCUUCGCGCAACCAUCACAAUUUCUGACUGCAGAGCAGUUGCAGACUAGGCAGAUGUACGAAUAUUUCAGUAAAGAUCCCAAGAUAAAUCGAACCUUACAACUACAAGCACUUCUGACUGCUAACUAUGCUCGAAAUGCCGAAAGAGAUGGAGUCUUAAAUUUGUCAACUAAAGACCACGCACCGAUAGAUUUAAGCAAACAAGCCGAGAUGUAUAACUAUUAUUUAAUGAACAGAUCUGUAACAGCGGCCCAUAAGAGAUCCACAUCGGAUUCAAUUCCUGGCACUAGCGGCAACAUUUACCACCAUAACAGAGAGACAUCAAGUUCCAGCUCUGAAAAUUCUCCUGUAAAAAGGAGACUCCCCAAACACAGUAACGCAGGCGGAAGUACAUCAAAUAGCCAAUCAUCGUCCUCCGGUAUCUUACAUGCAAAUUCUGCACGAAGAUAUAAACAGGGAUAUUCGAGGAAAAAAGAGAAGGAGUCAAAUUACGACUCCGAUCCAUCAUUUUAUGAACAAGUGAUAUCGCACGUGAGGAACGACGUUUCCCAAUUAGCAAAAUUGGAUUCCUCUUCUGAGGACAUUUUCUCGGGAACCGAUUCCCAUCAGGAUGUGCAAAAGGAUUCCCUACUCUUGGCCCUUGAAGAGCGAAGGAAGUUGGAACUAAUGAAUUUACUAUGGAACCCUCCCGACUCGAUACAGCAUCCGGUGAUUUCUAAUUUUCAUAAAAUAAUGUGCGACGCAUUGCUGGGUAAAUUUGAUCCGGGUCAAGGAGAUUCAUUAUAUAGGCAACCAUAUUCCGGUGAUAGUCUUUCCCAAUUAGCGACAUUGAAUCGUUAUCAAAAUGAUUUUGCAAAACUGAUUGAUAGUCGUAAGAAACAGAUUGCGGGACUUUCUGCCACAUUAAACAAUGCAAAUAAUUCUGGAACAAUUUUGAUAGCAUCUAGUCCUGAGACCUUAUGCCCGGAUGAACACGCUUUGAAAAUUAAGUCUUGGAAACGAGAUUAUUUUGUGUAUGGCAGACCAUUUGAGCCUUCCCUUACACAUUUUGAAGAAGCAUCAAUUGAAGAAAGAAUGUGGACGUACAGAGAGUUUUCGAGAUCUUAUCGCCAAUCGGAUCGGAAUAGCAAUAGGAGAAAAGGUUCCCGAAGUAGUGACGAACCGAUAGUAAUUAGCUCUCAGAGCUCCAUUUCUAGUCAGGGGCAUGGACGAAGUCGCCAUAAGAAGAAAGGUGAUAGACAAACACAAGUACUAUCCAAGACACCAAGUAGAAAGUCUGAUGUUAGCCAAUCAACAAGUAGUUCUCAAAGUACCAAUUUUGGGGACGGUAAAAGUACCUCAUAUAACUCGCCAUCUAGACUCUUUGAUAUCAGUAAUCACACUCCCAACAAUUCAGAGACUGAAAAUUUAUUGGAGGAGUACCAUGAGGGGAGAAGUGGGGAGAGUGACUUGGCUUCUCAGUUCUCAACAGAAAAUGAACAUUAUCUGGGGAUCAAUGUAAAAGAGCGAACUCCAAUUUGGACAGCAUGGAGCAGUUCCGAUGCACUGAGUUCCAGUUCAAAGGAGCAAUCUGAAAUUUAUCCAUUGAAUAGGAAAGACGAAACGUGGCCAACGACGGCUAGCAUCAAUUCAGAUGACCACUUACUACCUCCGAUAGCGGAUAGUGCGGACAAAACAUCACCACUGAAUGCAAUUAUUAACACUAUUAUUACAAACAGCCUUAGUUCAAACGAGCCAGUAGACUGUGAUAAGUGGUCACCCGAAGGAAAUGAACGAAAUACAACUGUAAACAGCGAUAAGGGGUCAUCCGAGUCAAACAAACAAAGUACAAGUCAGACAACCGGCAGUGGUGGGCAAUCCGGGUCACAAGGUAGCGGACAAUCGGUCAGCAAGGUGUAUGAUGGAUCAGGGAGUAUUCAACAUAGUAGUACAACUACCAGCGACUGGGAACCUGGAUCUCAAGAUUCUAAACAAAACACGACAACUUCGACUGAUACAGAUAAGAGGACAAGUGGAUCUCAGGAGACUGUGGAAUCUCGGUCGACAACGGAUGUCAGCAGUAUUUCGAUACCUGAAUCAACGGGAAGCGAGACAAGAAAGACCACAACAGGAAGCAAGACAAGAAAGAUCACAACGGGAAGCGAGACAAGUAUGACCUCAACAACAGAGAGUGAGAUAAAUAAAUCGACAUCUGGAUCACAGAGUAGUCGAGGGGGUAGUAGUGUAACUGCCAAUAGUGAGUGCAUGUAUAGAUUUCAACAGUGCAAGACCAUUACGACCGAUAGCGAUAAAUCAGAAGGGAGCGAGAUAAAUGAAACGAUGAAUACAUCACAGGAUAGCCAACAACAUAAUAUGACUGUCCAUAGUGAGUGGAUUCCCGGAUCUCAGGAUAGUGUUGGGAGCAAGACAACUACGAGUGAUAGUGAUAAAUGGUCAAGAGGAUCAGAAGAGAGUGGGGAAUCAAAAACCACAACGAGCGUCAGCGGUGAGUGGACGGCUAGCUCAGAGGGAAGUGAAGUGAGUAAAACAACGAUCGAUAGCGAUGCGGAGACAGGUACUUCACAGGAAAGCCAAGAAACCACAAAGACAGCUAUCAGGGGUGCAUGGCAGGGACGUAAACAGAACAAGGCGGCCACGAAUAGAUCACAGGAGAGUGAGGAUGCUAAUACGACCACUACCACCAGUGAAUCAGGAUCACAAGGGAGUGAAGCGACUGAUACAACUACAACGACCGAAAGUGAUGACAGUGGACAAAAUAAAACAACGAAUACUGAUAAUAGCACAAAUUCUUCACGGACUACUAGUAACGACUCCAGUUCACAUCCCAAUGGAAGUGAUAGCAGCUCACAUAAUAGUUCGAACAAGUCGACCGAUAGUUCCCAGAAAACAAAAGAUUCACCGGGCACUUACUCGGCUUCAUCUUACAGAGAUAGUUCCGAUAACGAAAGUCCAUCAAUGAACAAUUCAUUGCACGAUCGAAGUAGUAAUUUCGGCGAAGAGCAAACUUCUCCCGUUAGUUUGAAGAACACGCUCAAUCCCAGAGAGUCUUAUUACGGUUUAUUACAAAACCAAAAGUUUAAUUUUGAAGAUGAAAGGUGCGCAUCGCCAAGUGUUCCACCCAAGGAUUAUUUCGACGAGUCCUACAGAAUUAGUGCGUCCGAACAUAAUGCUUCAACUGACAGUAUUCGAUACACACGUUCUGAAAAUGGUCACUAUCAGGAAGUUACCCAAUCUGAAAUUUGUUUGACGUCUGUUCCAACAGAUCGUUACGAUGAUUCCUCUUCCCAGGACACACGUGACAGUCAAGAUCAGACAUCUGAUGGGGAAGAUAUUGGUUCUAGGAAGAGAAUUUUGUUCUUGAAGACUGGGAAAAAGAGGAAGAGUAAAUGUUUGGUGACAAAUACUGAUGACAGUGUCUUAGAAGUGAGUAGCUCCAGUGAUGGGUUACAACCGGAUAGGAAAAGAUCAAAAAACGACGACCCCAAAAUUCCUAACUGGCGCAACAUAUUGAAAAAUAUUCCCCUUAUAACUGACAUUCAGAAUUUCGAUGACAAUUAUCGAAGUUUUUGUGGCGAAGACAGCAAUGAACAAGGUGUCUCCGAAACCAAUGUCAAUAGAUCUGAAUUUAAAAUGGCGAGCAAUAGAAGAAAGAAAAUUUCUAAAACUAAAGAUUCCCCUCAAACUUUAGCGCAUAAAUCUGCGAAACAGGAAAGAACCAAGGCCGAGCACGAUUGGAUAAAAAAGUACAAACUGAAAGAAGUUCGGGUAAUGCUGCAGCCACUAACCUACUCUGAUUAUAAGCAAGAAGAAUACAAUGGGCAGCGCACGAGUAAGCCAAAAACGCGAUCUGGACUGAAAAAGACUAUUAAAAAAUCCGAGAAUAUGACGACGGAAAAAUUUCGCGCGAAAAAUGUGAUCUGUGUAAAUAGUGAUACAAAACCGUGGCCGUUACAGGACAUAAGUCCAAAAGUAAACUGUUGUACCGAACUAAAAUCCAAUGUAGAAACUGUGGAAAAAUCGGACAUAACCGCCAUGAAUCCGUGUGUUGUGUUAAAGAGGUUAGAAUUCGAUAAGAAACGAAGCGCGAGCUCCGUAUUGGCGCACGUCCCUGGACUAAAUGACUUGCAGUUGAUUAGGCCGAGUUCUGUUGAUCGUAUUGUUCAAGUGGUCCAGGUGCCCGGUGCAAGGUCGAUCGGCAACGUUCCCGUUCCGAACGCGCAAACUAGCACACAAGUCACGCCCCAUAUUCAAAGGAUCGGGCAGCCGCGCACCGAGAAGCCUUUAGCGUCCGAUUCCGAUUCGACCACCGCUACGACGUCGGCGACCACAACGAAUGCGGCGUCGGAAUCGCCGACGUUAAUUAACAUUCUGUCGCAGCAGAUCAUUAGGCCCGCAACUCAAAACAACUGCGUCAAGCCCAGAGCGUCGCCGCUAAUUAACAUUUUGUCGCAACAAAUCAUUAAACCGGCAGCUGCUGUGUCCAAUUCGAAAGUGACGUCGUCGUCAAGCACUACUGAUACUCAGGUUAACAGCAUUCCUAGGGUUAUAUCUGGAGGGGAUCAAAUCAUUAAUCAAUUAAUAAAUCAGGUGAGGACACCUGCACCGACAUUGAAGACGCUAGUGAGUUCUCCGGGAACGGAACAAAAUCGUAUCUUACAGUUUAUUUGUAAAUCUUCGGAUGGGAAACUUAUUCCGGUUACGUCGUUCACGUCAAACAAAGUGGUGAAAGUGUCGAUGACGCAAACGGGGAAUGCUUCAGUGAGUGGAACUGUCGGGACUGAAGACAAUAGUGGGAAAGUGGCGCAAAACACCUUUAAAGCGAAAUCUGAUGUACCUGAGGGGUUGGAUAUGUUACCCAAAUUCCAACAAGCUUUUGGCAAACCAACAUACCAAAACAAUGUAGAUUCAGCCGAGUCUACCGGAAGUAAUAACGAAACUAUUAAUUCCGAUACCGAAAAACCUACCACUGUAAAGAAUCAGCCAAAAAACUCGCCUGCUUCCCUGAACGUGCAACCCGUUCAGGGAGGAGUUAUAUAUACCCGUCAAGUGCCUGUUGGUCAGACUAUCAAUUUAAUACCACCUGGUCGUGGACAAGUAUUUCGUAUUGCUACAUCUAAUCCAGAGCAGCUGUCGUUAGUGAAGGACAGUGUUAUUCAAGGAAAAAUGAGUGCACUGCUAGCUGCGGCUCUGCAAGGAAAGCAGCGACCCGCUGAAAAUAGUGAGACUGACGCUAAUUCCGAAGAUGAUUCGCAAUCGAGUACGAGAGUGACUCUAACCACGCGAAAUCCUUUAGUACAAAAUGCACGCAUCAUUAAACCGGUCUUGCAGAUACCUUCGAACGUAAUACGCAGCGCCCCACAAUCGAACCUUAGUUCUACUACUUUGGAACAGUUGCGUGAAUUUGAUAUGGUGUACAAACAGGUGAAAGAGCGAAGUAGCACAAAUGUUCCAACAGAAUCAAGUCCACAAUCAGACUCAAAUGAUACACCUCAGCAAAUUAGUGUGACCUACUUAAAUCAAGGUCAAAAAAUUAAUUGCGCGCCCGUUGUGGUUGUUAGUAGUUAUUGUAACGUUCAACCGGCUGCAUCACCUGCACUAAGUGUAACUUCUCAAGGCAGCUCUAGUCCGUGUGUUACUCCAGCUCCUACAUUGACAUUAUCUUCUAAGGCUUCUACAAAAAGCCCAAAGGCAAAAGCGGUUAAAAGCACCACUACACACACAGCGAAGGCUUCCCCAAUUCCGAAACCUCAGCAAAAACCGCAAGAAGAUGAGCAUACGACACAGCGAAUAUUUGACAUACUAGCAGAAUACGCGGAACAGUUACGCAAUUCCCCAGAUUUAAAUAAUAAGCCAGCGCCUCGUAGACGUUCAAAUCCUCCGACAAAUCCAAGUCAAAACACAAAGCGAAAAAAGAGUUCUAGUUCAAAGAAAACUGGGCAGUCUAGCAAUUCUUUAGCUUCCGACGCUGACAUAGAUGACGGCCAUACAGUUGGAAGCGAAGAUAGUUCCUGCGGAGUGGUUCAGAUUUCUGUACAAGAUGACGAACAAGCCCUCGCACCCGUCAAUACCUCAGAGAGUAGCGAAGCGUCCGCCAGCCCUAAGCAGCUAAUUUUAACAGAUUCUGCUCCGAAUCAGUCUCACAGUUUAAUCAUUGCUGACUCGAACGUCGGGGAAGCACUUAAAAUGUCGAACACGGCAGUUUUGGUUCCAGGGAAUUAUAUAAUGCCAGUUUCGAUGGUGAAAGGAGGUCAGCAAAUUGCUGUCGUGUCCGGAGGUAGUAAAAUUUUAGCAACAGUACCGGCGCGUUCUGGCCCUAAUAUGUUGCUUUUUCAAAGUUUUUUGAAUCAAACUCGCAAGCACGGAUUACCGACUGUUAAGUAUUCGACUAUACAACCAAUAUCCGGCAUGACUAGAAAUCUUUCGGGCAUUCCUGCACAAGCUACUACAACUGUUCCUGCAACUUCAUCUCAAAAUCUAACCACGGUUACUUUAUCUCCUAGUGUGGGAAUUCAAAAAGUUUCUCAAAUGGAACGUGUAGAUAAUUUCGAUACGACCGAAGUGUAUCUCGCUAUUUCUCAGCCGCAAGAUGUGAAAUUGUCUGAUCAUCCGCAAAGUGAGCAUUGCAUAACGUCAACCUCAAAGGCGAACAGUGAUACCAUCACCUCGGAAGGUUCAUAUAAGGAAGAUAGGAAAGAAGUGUCCAGUUCUUCAGUUGCCACAUCUGUCAUUGCGCAAGCUACGAUCACAAAGGAAGAAAUUGUAGAAGUACAAUCUACAACGCCUGGAACGAUGAUGGCGCUGAACUUAAACACGUCCGAUAAUGAGAAAGAUACGACGCUGAAGGUUGAGGGACGGGUGCAAUCUGUUCUAGUAACGACAGGUACAUCGAACGGUCCCAUGUUAUCGCAUAAUCCGCCUACGUACAAGCAGGUCCAUUCGAUAAAUUCCAUAUCGGAAUCAAAUAAAGAUGAGUACCUGCGCACCGAAGGCAAGCACAAUAGUGUAGAGGCUAAGAGUUUACCCGGUAAUGUAGGAUAUCAUUACCAAACUAAAAUCAGGAAGACCCACAUCGGUUCUCAAACGCGUGAUCGUGACCUAAACCAACAACUAACCUUGCAACGUAAAGCGGCUAUGGAAAGAGAGUUGAGGUUGCAGACGACGUUGUCGGAGGAAUGUGAAGAUCUCGGCGUAGACGAACCUAGUGCUAGUGAUUUAUUUCCCGAGGCAGAUCUGCCUUUUGAUAGUAAUCAUUCGCCCUCGUUUGAUCAAACCUCUCAGGAUCUAGUGAAACGUGUUCCGGUCGUACAGGAGGUGAAGGAGGAGACUAGAACAAUAGGACUUUUUUGUGAUGACGAACCUAUGAGAACUGAUUUUUUAUUCGAGCCAAUCGAAUACCAGCCCCCCACAACGGAAUUGUCUUACGACAACUCUAAGGAAUUACGAAACGGACAGAGUACCAUUCAGUCCGGUAUAGCGUGCGAGGACAAUACGUUGUUGCAAACCUGCACGACGAUGUCGGAUGUCACUAUUCCAUCGCCCAUCUCCCCCGAACCAUAUGCUGACCUCUCUCCUUUAACAUUUAAUAAGCGUAAAUAUAGUUACUCCAAUCGAAAAAAAAUUGAACGUGCGAAACAGCCUGAGAAUUGGUCUACAGAACUUUCCAGUUCGGAGGAUACCACAGGCAGUACUGAAUUGUUAAGCACAAUGACGCGUAGUCCCGAAUCGUUUUCUACGAAGCGCGAUCAAAACUUGAAUUGCGAGGAAGAACUUUACGAGUUCGCCAUCGUAGAACGAGUUCCUUUGAAGGACGAGCAAGGAUGUGAGAACAUUGACUGUGAAUCAGUUGCAGAGUGUCCUAGUGGUAGGGGUUGUCGUCGUAGUGUGAAGAAAACAUGCUCGUGUUGUAAUCUAACUGUCAAAGUUGCACGUAAAAGGCCUGCCUCCAGACCGACUACCCCAAUUAAAAAGACUGUGCCCGCCAAAAAAAGAUAGUGGCUAUGUUCAUAUUCUGAACUGCUUUAGGUAAUCUAGUUAUUCCUAUUGACUCUAGUCAAGACAUGAAGUGUACUCCACUUUAGUACAAAAUACCCCUACUAAAUUUGUAUAGUAUGUACUAUAUUUGAAAGCGUAUAGACAUCCUAAUACAGGUAUAUUAAAUUAUGUAUGUGCAGUUGUGUUUGUAUGUACAUAACUUGGUUAAAUCUGUUUAAAAAUGGCAGAUAAUUCAACAUAGAAUUUGUUAAAAGAGAAAUAAGAUUCAAUCUGACUUAAUAGGGUGAUGCCAGAUAUGCAGAUUCUCCGGCACGAGAUAAUGCAAUAACUUAUCAUUAUAUGUUAUUUGUUCAAAAUUUCUUAUUUACUCUUUAAUUGUAAGUAAAUCAGUAUUGUUAUUUUUUUUAUUCGAUUCAUGUAGUAUAAGUGAAUAAAAGAUGGCAAAUAGCGGAAUCUCGUUCAUUAUUUGUAAAAAAAGUUUGGAAUGAGACCAAUUUAAUACGUUGAGACUACUUUGUAAGCACCAAUUAAUUAGAUUUGUAGCUAUUUUAGCACAAUUUCUUUUCCAGUUGUUUGUACGUUUGUUUUGUCUAGGAUACUCUUGUUGUAAAAAUAAAAAUUGUGCUUGACUCACAAAUGUAUUAUUUAAGUGCUAAUUUGUGUUGCUUACAAAAUAGUGCGUGUAUUGUAAUAAUGACUGCCAUCAAAUAAGUGAUACAAAACAAAUUCUAUUUUGUUGAAGUUUUGUGAUUUUUGUUUUUUCGAAUGAUAACUAUUAUCAUUCUAGUUUCUGUGACUGUUCAAAUUUCAUUUCGUAAAACCAAUCUUGCUCUCUAUAGAGCAUGUAGAUCUUCAACCGAAGUUUGAUGGCAUUUUUAAUUUAUUUUAUUCGUAAUUGUUCGCCCACAAUUUUUAUACAAGUAAGUCUUCCAAUAAUCAAAAUGAUACAUUUCACUUUAAAAUUUUGCGUGCUCUCUCGAAUAUCUAAUAACGAUUUGAUCUGUAACAAUACCGAUUGUGGGCUUUGCCAAAAUUUCAAAGAACAAUGCCACAAACUUGAGCACAAGUUUUCAAAGUAUUAAAUUAAGUUUUUGUUUUCAUAUCAUUUAGUGCAAUGUAUUAUAAAAUCAUUCCAUAUAAUUAUAAAAAAUGCUUUUGUG